AUGAUGCUAGAAAAAAGGAAGGUGAAGUUCCAAGUGGACUGUGGAGCUACCAUCAAUGUAAUCCCGCAGAAAUACGUGCGCAAUACCUACCUGCAACCGUCUACCACAAAACUCAAGAUGUGGAUCGGGACGGAACUAACGUCCAUUGGAAAAUUCCGAAUUGUGCUGCGCAACCUCCAGAAUAUGAAGAAAUAUUCACUGGGAUUCACUGUAAUCAAGCCGAGUUUGACACCUUUGUUAGGAAAAUGCGCAAGCGAACAAAUGAACCUAAUAACUGUGAAUUACAAUAACAACGCUAAUGUUAGUUCAGUACCAGAGUGCAAACAGCUCCUAAUGGAUUAUGCAGACUUUUUCAACAGCGAACUAGGAUCAUUACCUGGGCAGGUGCAUUUACAAGUUACCGAAACCGUCACACCGCAUAGAGCCGCAGCAGGACGCAUGCUAGUGUCCAUAAUCCCUCAAGUUCAAAAGGAACUAAAGCGACUAGAGGAACUCAGAGUUAUCGCUCUUGUUGAUGUACCUACAGAUUGGAAUAGCAGAAUGAUCACUGCAACAAAGAGCACAGGUGAGAUUCGUAUCUGUAUUGAUCCAAGACACCUGAACAAGGCACUGAAGCUUGAACGAUACCAGUUACCAACCACAGAUGAAGUGCUACCAAGGCUAACAAAUGCAGAAUACUUCACCAAGUUGGACGUGACAUCAGCUUACUCGCAUGUAAUAUUGGACAAUGAAUCCAGCUACCUCACUACAUUUCAGACAGGUUUCAGGCGAUAUCGGUGGCUCAGACUCCCCUUUGGAACAUGUGUGAGUUCUGAAAUAUUUCAGAAACGUCUUCACCUCCCUCUGGAUGGCCUAAAUGGAGUUGCGUGUGUCGCCGAUGGCAUCAUUGUAUUUGGUUCAGGAGACGAACUCGAUCAAGCAUCAGCAGACCAUGAUUUGAAUCUGAAAUUGCUAACUACAAAGAUCCCGAGAGAAGAAAAUCAAACUGAACAAAGAAAAAGUCCAGCUCAAGGAAUCAGCAAUCAGCUUCAUUGGGAAUCUCGUAAAUAUCGUAAUGGCCUACUACCAAACCCUGCUAAAAUUGAUGUAAUCACCAAGUUCCAACCACCCACUUCAGUGGAAGGAGUACAGGGACUCUGUGGAACCGUGAAUUACCUUGCAAGGUUUCUGCUACAACUAUCCUCUGUCAUGGAGUCGAUCCGACGACUGAUGCGUAAUGAUGUCCCAUGGACAUGGUCUCGUGUACAUGACGCAGCAUUCGCAGAAAUGAAGCAACUUGUGACAAAAGCUCCAGUACUCAGUUUCUACGACCCGAAUGCACCAUUUUUAAUUCAGUGUGAUGCAAACUCAGAAGAACUUGGUGCAGCCAGGAAAGCCUGUCGCAUAUGA